UCCCCGCCCCCUGUGCUGGGCACCGCAGUGCGCAUGCGCAGCGUAGUAGCCGGUCAUGGCGGCGGUGUGUGUUCGUCCAUGAGGUGGGGGGACGCCUGCUAUUCCUGCGGUCUGUGACGGAGCCAUCCGAGCGACACGCUGCCAUGGCUGGAGUGUUUGACAUUGACCUGGACCAGCCGGAGGAAAAUGUCUCCGACGAUGAGAUCGAGCAGGCUUCAAUCAACGAUAUCAUGGAUCAGUGCAGCGGCUUCGAGUUCAACAUGGACGACUGCGAGAAGAUCGAGAUAUCGGAGGACAACGUCAACCAGGGGACGGAGAACAUCAGGCCGGAGUGCUUCGAGCUGCUGCGGGUCUUGGGGAAAGGUGGUUAUGGAAAGGUUUUCCAAGUCCGAAAAGUUGUUGGCGCUGCAUCGGGCAAAAUAUUUGCCAUGAAAGUUUUAAAAAAGGUACUUCAUUAUUUUUUUCCCCUUCCACACUGA